GCGGCAAUGGUAGCAUGAGAGAUAGCAGAGCGGUAGUCCUCUUCCUCUCACUACAGUAUCAGGUGCGCUGGCCACCUGUGAACAAUACGGCAGCGGACCCCUCCUAUUCGAGUCAGGGCUACCGGGCACUGGAGACUGUUCCACCGCAGCACUCAGGCUACAGGAGGCCACUCACAAUGAGAUGCCAGAACAUUCAGUGGACGCCCGGCACACCUCACCCGUGGCUCAGGAGCCUCAGCCCGAACGGAGUCCUGUGAACUCUGGGAGCCCUGCUGGCUCGCUUGUGGUCAGCUCGUACGCGAGAUAUGCUGAGCUGACCACGACCGCCAGGGGAGCCACGAGAGGGGGCCAGGGAGGGGCAGCGUCGGGAGGGAGGAGGGGGAGGAGGGGGAGGAGGCAAGGGCGCGGCCGAAAGAUAGUCCACCGGGCAUGUAUACACGGGCAGACCUCUCGGAGCGCGCGCGGCGUCCCCCCCCCCCCCGGGGGGCCGAGACGCGCACGCGGAGCGCAGAGGGUUAUGCGGACGGAGCUGCCGCCCGGAGAGCAGGAGGAGGCGGAGGAGGAGGAGGAGGAGGAGGAGGAGGAGGAGGAGGAGGAGGAGCGGCAUGAGCUCAGCAUGAGCAGGACCUUUCGGAGGCCCGCGGUGGAACUCGUGACUCGGCGACGGGGUCGCCGCCAGGCGGGGGGUCCAGCGCCGAUGCAAGAAAUCCGCGCGGACCUCCAGGAGUCGAUGUUUGUGCAACACGUUCUUCUCCGAUGAAGGUACACUUUCACGGAAGCGCGCGGCUACAAUUAGAAAAAGAGGAAGAAACAUGGAGCUAAGAGGCAGCAGAGGCUCCACGAUGGCUCCGCGGAGGGCCCCCGAGCUCGAACGAUGUGCCAGCGCUGACUCCACAUAGGAGCCUGCGGGGCACAGUUGCGGCCAUGGUGGGCAUGCGAAUUAGGUGACAAUGUGCUCUCCGCACUCUAAACAAGCUGCUCGAUUGCAACUGGUAUGCUCUACCCUCAUAUACUCCUCCGCUCUACUGUGCUCUGCGUUGUUCCGCGCUGCGUUGCUCAUCCUCGAGCCUGCCCUCCCUGGGACACCACGUCGGCCCGCGAAAUCGACACAACCCCCCUGUGAUCUGGGGGCAGGCGACACAGCGCAAGCCUCCAGG